AGAGAACAACUCCUCCGCUAUGGAUGUGGACAACCAGAAUUCGGAAUCCGUUGAUCAGAUUAAUAGCCCUAGGUUCUCUAUCAAUGUUUUGCAGCUCUUGAAAUCCGCUCAGAUGCAGCAUGGAUUGCGGUUUGGCGAUUACGCUCGUUACCGGAGGUACUGUACUGCUCGGCUCAGGAGAUUGUACAAGUCGUUGAAAUUCACGCAUGGCCGUGGUAAAUAUAGUAAAAGGGCGAUUACAGCUUCUAUGGUGGCUGAAGUGAGGUAUCUUCAUGUGGUUCUUUAUACAGCAGAAAGAGCUUGGAGCCAUGCUAUGGAAAAGAAAACGCUGCCAGAUGGUCCAAAUGCACGUCAGCGUGGCUAUCUGAAUGGUAGGCUGCGAAAAGCAGUCAAAUGGGCUACUUUGUUUCAAGACUUGUGUGCCAUUAAGGGAGAUUCUAGGACAUCUUUGGAAGCAGAGGUGUGCUGA